AUGAAGAAUUUUUACAAACUUGUAUUAAUUGCAGGCUAUGAAAUGGACAAAGAUUGCCUGGAAAGAAUUGUAUCUUCUCGUGAUGAAAAUAGAGUACUUGUCGCCUCUCCUACUAUUGUUGAAAGCAUUGAUGAUAUAGAAGAAAACCCAUCUCUUGAUCCAAAUGAUGAAUUAACUAUUAAGGAACUUUAG